CCUCUCUUCGCCGGCCGGAAGUUGAGGGACUGAAUGGGUUCCGGAACCGGCGGCUGCGGCUCUUCUGUUUCUACCUGACGCUUAACGGUCGCCCAGGCUCAGAGCUCGUCAGCCUCUGGUCCGCCAGGUUCAUGUGGAGGCUCCCAGGCGCCCGCUCCGCGCUUCGUGGGGUCCGUACGGCAGUGGAGCGGCACAGUCGGGCCGAGGCGGCGACUGAGACCGUGGCAGGCGCGAUGGAGCGCGCUGUGGUGCGCUGUGUGCCCUCGGAGCCUAAGCUAAGUCUGUCGUUCGCGCUGGCCGACGGCAGCCACAAGAACAUGCAGCGCGACCAGAGCGAGCCGCUGGGUCGGGCCCUCAGCCGGAUCGCUACCAAUGCCCUCAAAGGCCACGCGAAGGCGGCCGCCGCCAAGAAGAGCAGGAAGAACCGGCCAAACGCAAGCGGCGGCGUGUCCUGUGCGGGGCCUGGGCCCGAGCCGGCUGCAGCCUGCGAACCCGUGGUGAAGCUGUACUACCGGGAGGAGGCAGUGGCUGAAGACGUGCUCAAUGUGGACGCCUGGCAGGACGGUGCGGUGCUGCAGAUCGGCGAUGUCAAGUACAAGGUGGAGCGCAACCCUCCCGCCUUCACCGAGCUGCAGUUGCCGCGCUACAUCAUGGCCGGCUUCCCGGUGUGCCCCAAGCUCGGCGUCGAAUUUGGGGAUCCCGCCGGCUCCCUCUUCCGCUGGUACAAGGAAACCAAACCCGGCGCGACAGAACCUGAGUGCGGGGGCCCCUCAUCGUUGUCUCCCUCUUCGCCCUCUCCUGGUUGGACUGAGACGGGUGUGGACGAGCGCGUCUACACCCCGUCCAAUGCCGACAUCGGGCUACGGCUCAAACUUCAUUGCACCCCAGGCAAUGGGCAGCGCUUCGGGCCAAGCCGGGAGUUGGAAAGUGUGUGUCCAGUGGAGGCCGGGCCCGGCACCUGCACCUUUGACCACCGGCAUCUGUACACCAAGAAGGUGACGGACGACGCUCUCAUCCGCACUGUCUCCUACAACAUCCUGGCCGACACAUACGCCCAGACUGAGUUUUCGCGGACGGUCCUGUACCCGUACUGUGCCCCUUACGCCCUGGAACUCGACUACCGCCAGAACCUUAUCCAAAAAGAACUCACGGGCUACAACGCCGACCUCAUCUGUUUGCAGGAAGUUGACCGCAACGUGUUUACAGACAGCUUGGUGCCGGCCCUGGAGGCCUUUGGGCUGGAGGGCGUGUUUCGAAUCAAGCAGCACGAAGGCCUGGCCACUUUCUACCGGAAGUCCAAGUUCAGCCUCCUUAGCCAGCAUGACAUUGUAUUCCAUGAAGCCCUGCAGUCUGACCCACUUCACAAAGAACUGCUGGAGAAACUGGCCUUGUACCCAUCAGCGCAGGAGAGGGUGCUCCAGAGAUCUUCUGUACUUCAGGUUUCUGUUCUUCAGUCUACAAAGGACUCUUCUCAAAAGAUAUGUGUUGCUAAUACCCAUCUCUACUGGCACCCCAAAGGUGGGUACAUUCGUCUCAUUCAAAUGGCAGUAGCCUUGGCUCACAUUAGACACGUCUCUUGUGAUCUGUAUCCCAGCAUACCAGUUAUAUUUUGUGGGGACUUUAAUAGUACCCCAUCAACAGGAAUGUAUCACUUUGUCAUCAGUGGCAAUAUUCCAGAGGAUCAUGAAGACUGGACUUCCAAUGGGGAAGAGGAACGAUGCAACAUGUCUCUUACCCAUUUCUUCAAACUGAAAAGUGCUUGUGGUGAACCUGCUUACACAAAUUACGUUGGUGGCUUUCAUGGAUGUCUGGAUUACAUUUUCAUUGACUUAAAUGCUUUAGAGGUUGAACAGGUGAUUCCAUUACCUACUCAUGAAGAAGUUACCACCCACCAGGCCUUACCUAGUGUUUCCCAUCCCUCUGAUCACUUAGCACUUGUAUGUGAUUUAAAAUGGAAAUAGAUUUGUGUCUGAUGGAAUUUCAAUCUGCUUUAGUAGGAAAUUUAAUAUGAAUCAAAGCUAUGUGUAACCUUCAAAGAGGAAAACUAGGCACUAAGGUAAAAUAUUCUUACCAUGCGAGUUAUGUUCUAGUGUCUUCAUUACAUGACUAUCAUAAUGGUUGCAUAACAUAGUUUCUCUACCCUUUUUUUCCUACACUUGGAGGAAAACAAAUAUAUUUAUGACUAGCAAGAAGAACACUGGGUACUUUUUAUACUUUUUUUUACUAGUAAUUAAGAAUUUUGUAAAAAAAAUAACCAUUUGAAUGAUCCUGUAAUUUUUCUAUCAUAACACAUUUCAAAUUAAAUCAUGUAUAUAUAAUUAGGGGGAAAGCGCAUACAAGUUAAAGUGAGAGGCUUAUUCUGACACAUGGAAGGAAUAACAUUAGGGUCUACCUCUACCUCAAUUUGGUUAGCAAUUUAAUACAACUUCAGCGCUUUAACAAAAAAUUAAAAUAUACCAUUACCAAUUCC